UCUCUCUCUCACUCUCUAUUUCAGAGCCUUUGUCCGAGAAGAUACCUCCGAUUUCGCGUCGGAAAAUGGAGAACAACCAACAGCCACCGCCCACGGCGGCGCAGCCGGCCCCGGCCUUCCCCCAGCCGCUGCAGCAGCAGCCCUACCAUCACCUUCUCCAGCAGCAGCAGCAGCAGCUCCAGAUGUUCUGGAACUACCAGCGCCAAGAGAUCGAGCAAGUGAACGACUUCAAGAACCACCAGCUCCCCCUCGCUCGGAUCAAGAAGAUCAUGAAGGCCGACGAGGACGUGCGCAUGAUCUCCGCCGAGGCGCCGAUCCUCUUCGCCAAGGCCUGUGAGCUCUUCAUCUUGGAGCUCACCAUCCGGUCCUGGAUCCACGCCGAGGAGAACAAGCGCCGGACGCUCCAGAAGAACGACAUCGCCGCCGCCAUCACCAGGACCGAUAUCUUCGAUUUCUUGGUGGACAUUGUGCCCAGGGACGAGAUCAAGGACGAGGGGGGGCUAGGGUUGGUUGGCGCGACGGCCAGCGGGCUGCCAUACUACUACCCACCCAUGGGGCAGCCUGCGCCGGCGCCGGGGGUGAUGAUUGGCCGGCCGGCGGUGGAUCCGGCGGUGUACGUGCAGCCGCCGCCAUCCCAGGCUUGGCAGUCGGUGUGGCAGGCGGCCGACGACGGGUCCUACGCUAGUGGUGGGAGCGGCGGGCAGGCCAAUCUCGACGGGCAAGGAUUUUAAUCAUCGAUGUAGUCUUCAAAUGGUUUUUGCUUAAAGGAUGUAGUUUGUGUUCAUGUUUGGCUGUGUCAAGCUUCUAAAUUCUCUUCAGUUAAUUUGCGGAGAUUUGAAUCCUAUGAUCUGAAAGAUGGAGGGCUCCUUGGCUUUGUUCAUGCUAUUGGAAUUUUGUUAUUUGCCAAUUAUAAAUACUUGGCUUGGCUGCUAAUUAUAUAAUUUAUGUCAGAAUCAAGCAACGACUGUGCACUGUUAGAAACAAAGCUCUUAAAUCUUCAUCAUGUGCAGUUACAGAAUCGCUUCUGCGAAGCUUCUCUAUCA